AUGGAGAAGAAACAGGAAGAGGCCUCCAAAGCAGCUAAGCAGGAAGAGAAAAAGUCAAACAACUGGCCGACGCUGCUGGCCACCCUGAUUACCGGGCAGGUCCUGACGGGCAUGGGCCUCAACGUCGCCCUGCACAGCAUCCUGGUGGUUCAGGUGCCCCAGGACACGAACCGCUUCAUGGCCGACAACCAGCUCAACUGGGCGAUCGCCUCCUGCCCGCUGGGCGCCAUGGCCGGCUGCAUGCUCGCCAUGCCCGUCGCGCCUGUGCUGGGCGCCCGACGCCUGCUGAUGUUCUCGCAGCCGCUCUACGCGCUGGCUUCUCUGGUGGUCGCGCUGGGCCAGAGCUUCCCGCUGGUGCUGCUCGGCCGACUGGUGAUGUUCAUCAUGCUUGGCAUGUCAGAGACCACCGUGCGAGGCUACGUGUCCGAAAUCGUGCCGCCGAACAGGCGCACGCUUUACACAGCUAUUCUGAACACGAUGGUGUUCGCCAGCCAGGCGAUCGGACUCCUUAUUGCACAAUACGUGCACUGGACGACAUUCCACAUCGGCGCCGGGUUCUUGCCUGCCGGCAUUUGUCUCGCUGGCCUGUACUUCAUUCACAACUCGCCCAAGUGGCUGCUCUCGCACGGACACUCGGAGGAGGAGGCCCUGCGUGCAAUUCGCUUCUUCCAUGGGACGGAAGCUGACGCUGACUCGGAGGUUCGCAACAUACAGGACUCGCUGCGGCAUAUGGACGUCGACGGUGUUUCCUUGCCGCUUUGGAAGCUCAUCCUCCAACGGGAGACGCUCAUGCCGCUCCUGCUGGCAUUCGGUCAGCUCGUCAUAUUUAUCUGGAGUGGUGGCAUCGGCAUCAACUACAUCACCUCGUACAUCCUGCAGCCGGUGAACCUGCCGCUCAACGACUACCAAAGCGCAAUGCUGCCGCUUGCCGUGGCCGCCAUCUUUUCCGUCCCGACCAGCUUCGUCAUCGAGCGUUUCGGCCGUUUGCCACUGCUGCGCGUCAGCGGCUCGCUCUCCGGGCUGGGAUGCGCCACAAUUGCCGUCUUCUUCUACUUGCCCGAGGCGCUGCAGCAAACACUGGGCUGGGUCGUGCUGGUCGGCGCGACACUCACGCAGUAUUCUUUUGCAUGCAUUAUCGCCCCCAUCGCGCUCACCUACGUUAACGAACUCCUGCCGAACCGCACGCGAACCUUCUGCGCGAACAUCCUUAUGGGCAUGAUGAACACCAUGCUGUUCAUGUUCGUCAAGACGUUCUCGCCGCUGACGGAGCUGAUCGGUUUCGGUGGCGUCUUCCUCUUGCAUAUGGCAGUGAGUGGCCUGCAAGUGGUCUAUGCCACAUUCUGCUUACCCGAGACGAAAGGCCUUUCGCUGGAGCGCAUUCAGCACCUGUUUCAAAAAGUAGAGAAGGUAGCGGAAGCACCACUUCACGUGGGUGACACGGAGCAAGGGAACAAUGGCAAGGAUAACCCUGCACUGAAUGUAGCACCCUCCGAGUGGGCAUGAGGACAUUGUGUGUCAUUUAUCAGUUGUAUCAAAGAUUCCGUUGAAUCUUAGUGAGAGCGAUUUAGCGAGACGACCGCAUAGUCGGAUGGACCUCGGCGUCGUAAUAAACUGCGCAUCGCCCACCACACAUUCAUUUACUCUGACCGCUGAGCUAAGGACGGAAUUCGCUUCGAUAAAAUGGGAAU